UUUUAAAUAAAAAAAAACAAAGAUACAAAAGCAAAGAAAGAAAGAGAAACAAAAUAGAGUUCCCAAAAACAAUGGCGGAGGGCUCCGAUAAGGAAGUAGAGAAGGUGUUCAACCGCAUCGACACCGACGGCGACGGCAAGAUCUCGGAGUCGGAGCUUAAAGGCGUGGUAAAAGCGCUCGAUUCCAGCGUCUCCCAAGAGGAGGUCGGCAUGAUGAUGCGCGAGAUGGACAAAGAUCACAACGGCUUCGUCGAUCUCAAGGAAUUCACCGAGUUCCAGCGCGGCGGCGACGGCGACGGCGAGGUUGAUGAUGAGCUCAGGGAUGCGUUCCAGAUGUAUGAUUUGGAUAAAGAUGGGGUGAUCUCCGUCAAAGAACUACAUCUGGUGUUGAAUAAAUUGGGGGAUAAGAGUUCGAUUGGGGAUUGUGCUCGUAUGAUCAAGUCUGUGGAUUCGGAUGGUGAUGGUUGUGUGAAUUUUGAGGAGUUUAAGAAGAUGAUGAACAAGGGUAGCCAUGAACGAGGCCAGUCGUCUUCUUGAAGGAUGUAGUACAUCAUCUUGGGAUUUUGGAUUUGGGCUUUAUCUUUAUCUUUUAUCUUUUAUCUUUCUUUUUUUUUAUUGGAAGUGUCUUGUGUUUAAUUUUUAUACUCUUAUUAGCCUUGUGUGUGUGUUGGUGUGUUGCUUUGAAUGUGAAAUUU